GCCUGCGGAUCGCGAGGUCUAUAUCAGGCGAGACUCGAGUUUAUCGCGUUUCCUUUCAUUCAGUGGAGGAAAAAAAAAAGAACCCGGUACAACGUGGCAUCCAUGCCGGCUUCAUUUUCAUCAAUAAAUUUCAAUCUUUAUCAUUAAGAUUGAUUAAUUAAAAUUGAUAUUUCACUGGAAUAACAUUGUGUGCAAUAGUUGAAAGUGACAUUUACGAAAAAUUUGAAAAAAAUAAGUGAACAAGUGAUUAGUGCCAUUUUUCGAUAACUUACUGAAUUAAAUAUUAUUAAUAUUACUUUUAAAAAUCAAUAGAACUAGAAAAAAAAUACUUUUUUUCGAAGUGAUUAAAAUGUUUUGUCAGUGAAGAAAAAGAAGUUACAAGACUGGCACUAAUAAACUGCUAAUUAUCUCAGUGUGGAGCGUGGUAAUUGUCGAGCGUGCGUCCACGUGAUCCAGAGUAGAGGAUACGUCAGAGAGUAGAAAUUACAACGUUGAGCAUCACACACAAAUAGAAUAAUUAAAAGUCCAUUAUAAAGACUCGCGAAUCCUUCAAGGAGAACGAUUUUGCAUCAUAAUAAUAAUAAUAAUAGAGAAGGAGAAAAAAGACUUACAUAUAUAUAUAUAUAUAUGUAAUAUCUGUAUGUGUAAUAGUAGUGAAUGAAAUUCAUAAGUGCAUCACUUUUAAACUCUCUUGAUAUCCUCAAUUUUCUUUAUCAAUUGCAAUUAACCGUUUGCUUCUUAAUCACUCUUAAUUACUUGUAAUUAUCCCGUUGUUGUUAAUUAAGUAGGCUGAUGUCAUUCAGACAUUUCAUUUGAUCUUUCAAAGAGAGGAGAGAACUUUUUAUAAAAGAUUGCGAUUCGUAUAAAUAAUUUAAAAAAAAAAAAGGAGACAUAAAAAUAGACGACUGCGUGUUCCAAGUGCUUUGUGUUUCCGUAAAUAGAAACUUCACGAAAAGAACGUGAUUUCAUUGGCAGAUUCGUUUUUUCAUUUCUCAAAGCUGAUAAAUUAUUCCCAAGAGUGUUACAACGUCAGAAAAACGUCGCUCUAUAUACAUCAAUCACGGAUACCCUCAGAUUGUGAAUCAUCGGGAUGCGAGGCUGACAUGGCGGAGGGCUCGGCAGAGGAGGAACAGAGCAGUACCGCUGCACCAGCUUCACCCCCAGCUGACCUCCGUAUUUUGAAUACACAGCUGUCGCCAACUUAUCAGCAUCAACCUUGUCUUCAGUCGCAUCUUCAGCAUCGACAGCAUUCCAACAUGCUGGCCACUGCCGUCCCACCCAGGCACAGUCACAGCAUGCUAUCGCAUCAGGUGAAAACGGAAAUGGAGAUGGACAAUCCCUGUGAUCUUCCUCUCAACUUAAAAAGCGAGGAGAGUGACAGAAGUAGUAAUGGAAGUCCAGAGCCAGCCUCAGUUACUUUACAAGAACAUCAAAUGAUUUUGGAAGGGAUGAAAAGGAAAAGACGACGAAGUCCUUCUCCGGAAAAUUUGGACCAUGUAAAACGUGCAGCUCAAGCUCAUCUCAAUGGCACAAUGGCUGACAUGGUGACUCUUUUGAAUCAUCAAAAUUUGGCUAAUUUACAAAAUUUACCUCAAGUAGCAUCAUUGGCGGCUGGUCUUCAAGGAAUGGCAAGAUUAACUAAUAAUCAAUUAAUUAAUACUCCACUAAAUCUCACAGUUAGUUCGUCAGCCGGAACAGUACCAACUCCAUCAAGUACAACGGUGGCGUCUCAUCUUUUGCCACCGCCAAGUUCGGCCCCCAUGGCGACACUUCCUCAACUUCUCUCUCAACCUCAACCCGUUACGGUGCCGACGUUAAUUUUAUUGUCGGGUCAAUUCAUUCAAAAUGUUCAGCAUGCCCAACUUCUUAUACAAACUUCUCAGGGCAUUUCUACACAGACGAUUAUUGCAGCGCCUGUCAAUCAUGUCAAUAAUCAAAUGGUCGACUUUCCCUUAAGCAAUGGACAAGUUGUCUCCACAACAUUGGCGAAUCUUCAGUCGAUUACACAACCUCAAAAUUUAAUGAAUACACCAACAAGUAAUGUACCGAGUCCGAGUUUGGCGACGGGAUUAGCAUUGAAUCCGGCAGCGUUACCGCAUCUUCUUGGUAAUAGUACAGCGAGUCAACAAUUGUUGAUGCCACAACAAUUGUUGCAGGCUGCUCAGGCUGUUCAGGCGCAAGCUCAGGCUCAAGUUAAGGCUCAGGCAGUUCAAGCUCAGGCUGUUCAAGCUGCUCAAGCAUCGCAACCACUUUUAACUACUUCACCUCAACAACAUGCCCAUCGGCAUACUACUCAUAUGAACCAUUAUGCGCCGACGGAAAAACAUCAUAGAGAUAAUAGACAGGAGCAAUCGUCGCCUUUGAACGGUGGUGUGGUUUCCGCUGCUUCCGCUCUUAACAGACUGGCUAACAAUAAUGGUGAAAUAACUAUGACAGUUGUCAAAGCAUCGCCAAGCAGUUUGCACAGUUCCAAGGAUGAGGAGGACGAUCUUCUCAAUGAUUCACCUAAUCAACCAACAAUUAACGAAGCGACCAGUAAUAUUGUCGAAGGAGUUGAUUUAGACGAAAUGAGAGAUUUUUCCAAAAGAUUUAAACUUGAUCGACUUGCUUUAGGAUUAACGCAAACACAAGUUGGCCAAGCUCUUAGCGUUACGGAGGGUCCAGCCUACAGUCAAAGUGCAAUAUGCCGGUUUGAAAAACUAGACAUUACACCAAAGAGCGCGCAGAGGAUCAAGCCUGUCUUGGAAAAAUUUAUAAUUGAAUCUAAAAAGAGUACUUUUGAUUAUAGGAAUAAAAGCGGUGCCAAUCAUCUUAUGGAUUUCAUCGGAGUUGAACCGAGUAAAAAAAGAAAACGACGCACUUCCUUUACACCCCAAGCUCUUGAAUUGUUGAAUGCUCACUUUGGCAGAAAUACUCAUCCAAAUGGAAACGAGAUCACGACGCUGGCGCAUCAGCUGGGCUACGAAAGGGAAGUAAUAAGGAUUUGGUUCUGCAAUAAGAGGCAAGCUCUGAAGAAUACUGUACGAAUGAUGUCAAAGGGCGUUGUAUAAAUGUAAAUCGACUAUAUCUUCCAUAAUAUUAAAAAAAAAAAAAUACUAGCGCCAAAAACAAGCUUCUUUUUUUGGUGACAUUCGUCUUCUCACGUGUCUGGGGACAACUCGUAUUUUUUUUUGAAAAAUGUAACUCAUGACGGUUACAAAUUUUUUUUUUUUUUAUUUCAAAAUAUUUAAUUUCCUUUUUUUAAAUCACACAAUUUUUCAACAUAAAAAAUAAUUUAAUUUUUUCCCAAACAAAAUUAACUAAUUUAAAUGUCACCCAAUUUGACACUGUCUAAGAAGGUUUUCAUAAAUUAAUAGCCAAAUUGUCAAAAAAAAAAAAUGAAAAGUAUGGCUAAAAAAAAUACUUUUCAUUUGGACUCAUUUAAUUAUUUAGCUUUCAAUGAAACUCGGAACGUUCCAAUUUACAAUAAAUAAAAAAAAAAAAUUAGUGAACGUAGCCAUAACGACUGAAAGGCGAUGACGAAUCGACAGAUUUCUGAAAUCUCGAACAGGGUAAUUGAGAGGAAAAUCGCGAUUCGUCUCGCGAGCAUUGUGAUCGCAAAAACGUAUACGCGUGUAUUAUUCUGUAAAUAAUUUUAAUAUUAGGAUUCGACGAUAUGUGAUCCCGCGACGACAAGUUAUAAACACAGACGAACAAAAAAAAAAAAAAAAAAAAAAAAAAAUCGUCAAACUUUGUAAAUAUGUUUCUAGAUAUUAUAAAUCUUAACAAAAAAAUUGAAAAAAAAAAAAUAAAUGUACAUACCCCAAAAAAACAAAUUUUUUUUUGCAAUUAUAGACGGGAUGUAAAACCUCGAGCUAAAGAGGAAAAAACUUUGAGAUAAAAAAAAAAAGAAGCAAUAAAGUAUCAUUUUUAAAUUAAAUGCUGAUGAAAAAUUAUUACUAUUGAUAUUGGUGGUGUGAAAGUUAUCUUCUCUUUAGCAGAAAUCGAUUACAACUCGUGUACAAGUUAUUGGAAUCGCAAAAGAAAAAUGAGAUAAUAUCUCUCGAAUUAUUGUAUUUAAGUUUCAUGUGAUCUUUUACUUACAAUUAGCGCAGUUAUAACUUCCAAUUUUUCAUACUUUUUAAUACUCAAUCUAUCAAAGACUAAUUUUUAUAGCAAAAAAAAAAAAAAAAAGAAAAGAAUCGUUUUUUCUAUUAGUCAUUAGGCUUUUUUUUUAAUUUUCUUUUUAAUAAAUUCAAAUGAGAAAACGGAAACGCUUAAACCUUUGUUUUUAGGUGAAAUUUCAUAAUUUACUUCUUCGCCUCUCGGUAAAAGUGGAAAAUAAUAUUUUCCAUUUUUUUUCUUCUAUUGAUUAAUAUUAAAAAAAUAAAAAUAAAACGAUUGAAAUUAGGAACAGUCUUAAAUCUCGAUUCGUGAAAGUUUGUGGGUGGAUUGAUUCAUAGAAGGAACUGUGAUAUCGGCAUAAUAUCAAGAAUUACGAGACAACUGGAAAUCGAAAGAGAAAUCAAUGGAGAAAUCGAGUGAGGAGACACAUUACGCCCGAUAAGCUUGAUUGACGUUGAUAAUAAAAUUAAUUAUUAAUUUCAAAAAAAAAAAAAAAACACACACACACACACAAAAGGUAGAGUUAUUUAAAAAUUUUAUUUUUAUAAAUUAUUUUAUACUUUUUCAAAUGAUAGAAUUUAAUUAAAUUUUUCUUAUUUUUAAAAAGUUAUAAUCAAUAGAACUUUAUUAUUCAAAUUGAAAAAUUUAGUUUCUUAUUCUUGUUUCAAUUAUUUCUUUAUAUCUUUUUUUAGAAUUUUUAUUUAUUUAGAUAAAUUAAUUUUAUUACUAUUAUUAAGAAAAUUUUUAUUAUUAUUUCAAUAAUCGUUGAAUAAAGAAUAAUUAAAAAUUUUGCUCACAAUCUCUCUCACGAUAAAAUUACUGACUACUUUUAAUGAAUUUGUUUAUUAAGUAUUAAUUUAAGAUAUAAUUAAGAAUACAUUUUUAAACAUGGAUUUGACAAUUUUCAUGAUGGGAAAAUUUUUAAAUUAUAUAAUCCAAGUGAUAAUCAUUGUGCCUUCUCAAAAUUAACUAUACAUAUAACUCAAUUAUUAAAAAAAAAAUUUUUUUUUUGUUUUGUUUUUUCUGUAAAAAUUUAAUAACUAUUUUCGAAAAAUCGUAAUUUCUAAAUUUUUCUGAAAUUACUUAUUAAUUUCGUGUGAUGAUUUGAGCAGAAUUUUCAACAAAAAAAGGAAAUUAGUCAAAAACAAGAUAUAUACACACAAAAAAAAAAUAUUCCAAUAAAAAAAUAUUUGGAAUUUUGAAAAAAAAAUUUGCUGAUUAAUUAGAUUUAAUCAAUAAUUGGUAUCAGAAAAAAAGGUGAAGAUAAAAAUUUUUAAUUUUUUUUUGUCACGUAAACCUUGAAAAAAAAAUUGCACAUUUUUUUUUUGUAUGGAUUUACUUUUUUUACAAUGCUAAUUAAAUUAUCUUAUCAUGAUCAUAAUUGAGUCGCGAAAGUUAGGCCAUGCAAAUUUUGUUAUCUGCAUCUCUCAAGCGGAUUGCAAAUAAUCUUUUCGUGUUGAUAAGGUACAAUAAAAAGUACUAUACAUUAAAAAUAUUCUCAUUAAUUCAAGUUUCUUUGAUUAAUUAUUUCACCAUUUUAAUAUAUAGAAAAAAAAAACAAAAAUCAAAAAUACUUUCUGUAAUUUUUGGCCUUUAACCAAAAAGAAGAAAUAAAAAUUUGAAUUUCUAAUUUAGCUCAUGUACAUUUAGAUAAAAAUAAAAAAUACGAAAAUAUUUGACGAUCCGCUAAUUAACACGUGUGGUUUUACUGACUAAAAAAUCGUAGUUUUCAAUCUGUAAAUAUAUGAAUAAUGAUAAUGCUAGAUAACGAGAUAGACGCAUUUGCAAUUGCUAAAGUAAUAAACUUAUUAUUAAUCGAAGCUAUAAAAUAGCUAGAUGCAAAGAAAAUGUACAUGGUUAAAAAAUAUUUAUUUAAAAUAAUCAGAAAGAGAAAAUAUUUUACCGUUUUUUUUUUCUUUUCCAAAAAAAAAAAUGUAUUCUAUAAUAAGCCCUUUUGAGAAGCAAAAUUUUAAAUUCCAAAUUUUCCUGUUGACAUUUUGAUAAAAAUUAACAAAGAGAAGCUAAUUUACCAAAAAAAAAAAAAUU